UUAUAGUUUAUAUAAUGAACACACAAUACCAAAGACAAUAUUGCAACCAAUCAAUCCCCUCUAUUCUCUAAUUAUAACAAAAAUUUAGAAGAAAAAAAAACAAGACAAAGAAAAAAGUUGGAAAAAAAGAUCAAAAAAACAAAUGAUCACCUACUAAGCUACUAUCCUACACAAAAAUACAGCCUAGAAAGAUGCUUCUCUUUCUGUCCCUUAUGAUGAUAUCCCAUGUCCUUCUCACUUGACUACAUAUAAAACCAAUCCAAAAUCCCCUCUUUUCAUUUUUGUUGUUUUCAUCUUCUUCUCCCUUCUACUCACUCCCUACACACUACACUAAACACCAACAUCAACAUAGCCAUUAGCCACCCCAAAAAAACUCUCCUCUUUUUCUCCAUUCAUUAUUCUAAUCAUUAUUUCUCUUCACUUUUUAUUUCUCAAAAAACCCAAAUCUUUAUCCAUCCACAAAAAAAACCCUAUAUAUAUAAGUCCCCCAAACACCCACAAAUCCGCAAACAACCCAAAAAAAACACUCACUUUCUUCUUCUUCCUCCCAAAAACAACAAAAUGAGAGAAUUUUGGACCUCAUUAGCUUCAUUAAUGGGUGUUGUAGCUUUUUGUCAAAGUCUCUUAACAACAAUUUUCCCACCUUCAUUUCGUUACACCUUUCUUAAACUCUUCAACCGUAUAUCCAACUACUUCUCCAAUUAUUGUUACUUCGACAUAACAGAAAUUGAUGGUGUCAACACCAAUGAACUCUACAACGCCGCCCAACUCUACCUUAGCUCCACCACCGCCUCCGCCGCAGGCCGCCUAAGUCUUACUCGCUCUCUCAACUCCUCCGCCGUAACUUUCGGACUAGCUCACAAUGACACUCUUUUCGACACUUUUAAAGGCGUCACCAUCCAAUGGGAGCACAUUGUCACUCAACGUCCCUCACAGUCCUUCUCAUGGCGACCCGUACCCGACGAAAAACGCGGGUUCACUAUCCGGGUCAACAAGUCCUGCAAGGAUAUAGUCUUGGGCCCGUACUUGGAUCAUAUCAUGGGCCGGGCCGUGGAUAUUCGCAGGCAGAAUCAAGACAGGUACUUGUACACCAAUUCCCGUGGCGGGUCGUUGGACUCGGCCCGGCCCGGUCACCCGUGGGAGGCGGUGCCGUUUAAGCACCCUUCGACGUUCGACACGCUUGCGAUCGACCCGAAGAGGAAGGCCGAUAUCAUGGCCGACCUCAGGGAGUUCGCCGCGGGCGAAUCCUUCUACCGGGCCACGGGUCGGGCCUGGAAGAGAGGGUACUUGCUUUACGGCCCGCCCGGUACGGGUAAGUCGAGUAUGAUUGCUGCUAUGGCUAACCACCUCAACUAUGAUAUCUACGACCUCGAGGUGACUGAGGUUGGGUCUAACUCUGAGCUGAGGAAGCUUCUUAUGAAGACGACUUCGAAGUCGAUUAUUGUUAUCGAGGACAUCGACUGUUCUGUCGACCUUUCGGAUAGGAAGAUUAACACCCCUAAUCACCACCACAGAGGUUUCCACCACCCGGGCCCGGAUGAUGGGCUGUCCGGGCCUGGGUCGGUGACUUUGUCGGGCUUGUUGAACUUCACGGACGGGCUGUGGUCGUGUUGUGGGAGUGAGAGGAUAUUCGUGUUUACGACGAACCAUGUAGAGAAACUUGAUCCUGCAUUGCUAAGGUGUGGGAGGAUGGAUAUGCACAUACACUUGAGUUAUUGUUCCUUUGAAGCAUUGAAGAUAUUGCUGAAGAAUUACGUGGGGUUAGAGGAUGGAGAAUUGGAUUCUCAGACGAUGGCUGAGUUCGAGGCAGUGGUGGAGAAGGCGGAGAUGACACCGGCUGAUGUGAGCGAGGUGUUGAUUAGGCAUAGGAGAGAAAGGAAGAGGGUGGUGAAGGAGUUGCUAGAGGAGUUCAAAAGGAGGGCGAAUGGUAACAAAAAUGGAAGAAUAGGCCCGAAUUCGAUUUUCGAGGAUCAAGAAGAGGAGGAGAAGAGGGAGUUAUUAGAGAUGAUGCAUAACAACAAUGGAGGUAAUAGUAGUAAUGAUCAAGAAGAAAAGGAAGGUAAUGUUGUGGUGCAUGAUCAAUUUUUUCCCAAGGAGACACAAGUUGAUAAGAAGUUCAAUUAGACAAAAAAGAAGACAUCAAGUACAAUAGUGUAAUGUUUCUUGGUUACUUCUAUUUUUGUGUUUUUCAAAGAAAAGAAGAUUUGAGAGAUAGGAAAGAGGGGACAAUGUUUUGGCAAUGUUAAUGAUGAGAUGAGUGAAUUCUAAGGGUUUUGGGAACAAAAAAGUAAAGUGUAGGUAUAGUUGAUCUCCUUUGCAUUGAAGUUAAGUUAAAGAUGAAGUUGAUCAUAUCUUUGCUUGGUUUACUGUUGUUUGAUUAAUAUUAGUGGUACUAAGUUUAAGUUAUAGUAGUAGUACAUUUUAUGUCGUGGAAAUUAGUCAGCUCAUUAGAUGCAUAUAGGGAUUGGACAUGACAAGAGAUGCAUUUUUACCCCCCAUACAUAAAGUGAUGUUGAUCCAUAUAUAUUUUGUGCAUCAUCUAUCUUCAAUUUUCUUUUUUCUCAAAUCCUUGUUAUAUCGUCAAUAGAUUAGUGGAUUGUGUUGAUCCUUCUUUA